AUGUCUCGAGUGUUGUGCCGACGAGGAGUACCGCGCGGUGCACAGUCCGCCGCCUUCACCGCCGACGACCUACUCGACGCGUUGCAGGGAAACGACACCGAAUACGUGUACGCGGAGCUGGACGGCGCGGGGCUGCUGACGGGCGGCGGCGGCGCGGCGCGGCUGUGCGUGCGCGCGCGCCUCGCCCCCUCCCGCCCCGCGCGCUCCCUGGAGCUGCGCCUCGCCCCCCCCCGCCCCGCGCGCUCCCUCGAGCUGCGCCGCGCCGCCGGCCGCCUGCUGCUGCGCGCCGAGCGGCCCCUCGCGCCGCACGACGAGCCGCUGCUGUGGUUCGGCGACGACGCGCUGGCCGCGCUCGACAUGCCCUUCCUCACGCCGCGCGACGUGCGCCCGCGCCCCCGCGAGCCCUACGCGUGCCGCGAGUGCGACGCCGCCUUCGCCGACCCGAACCCGCUCAAGCUGCACCUGUUCCUCGGCUGUCGCCCCUUCGCGCCGCGGGACUUCUGGCGCGAGGCCGCCGCCCGCCUUCGCGAAGCUCCGGGCCCCGCGUUUCAGACGAUCGCGCCGGUCCCCGACCCGGCCGAACUGGAGGCGCUCGCGACCGAGUGGGGCCGGUCGCGCGCGGGCCACGCGUGCGUGUUCUGCGGCAAGGUGUACUCGCGGCGCUACGGACUCAAGAUUCACCUGCGCACGCACACGGGGUACCGGCCGCUGCGCUGCCGCCACUGCCUGCGCGCGUUCGGCGACCCCAGCAACCUCAACAAGCACGUGCGCCUGCACGCGGCGCGGGGCGAGGGGCGCGGGGGAGGGGCGCGCUACACGUGCGCGGUGUGCGGGCGGGCGCUGGCGCGGCGCCGAGACCUGGAGCGACACGUGCGCGCGCACGCCGGUAUCGAGACGUCGGGAGACAAAUGA